ACAUAGAUUAUGUAGAGCUACCAAACAAUGCACUAUCUAUUCUAUUAACAGAUUAACGGCUAUAUUUUCCUUCCCGCCUUUUCUUGAUCUAUAUAUAGAUCUCUGCAUACCCCUCAUCACAUAUUAAUCCCUUACAUUCAAACCCUAAAUCUUCAUUAUAUCAAACACCUCUCUCUCUCUCUCUCUCUCUCAUCUUCUUGAUCAUCUCUUUCCUUCACUCUCUCUCAUCUUCUUGAUCAUCUCUCCCUCUCUCCCAUCUCUCUCUGUUCUCUCCCUCUCUCUCUCUCUCGUAUUCUUGACCAUCUCUCUCUGUUCUCUCUCUCUCUCCCAUAUCUCUCUGUUCUCUCUCCCUCCCAUCUCGCUGUCUCUUCUCUCCCAUCUCUCUCUGUCCUCUCUCUCUCUCCCAUCUCUCUCUCUCUCUCUCGAUCAUCUCUCCUACUAAAAACCAAGCAUGACAAAGACUCACUCAUUCCGCCGCCUUUUCCUCCCCUGCUUCACCCCCCCACCCACCCCCACCCCCAUCACCACCACCAAGAAACGCCUCAGCACCUCCCUCCGCGACGACAUCUCCGACGACCCCCACCCCCAAACCCCCCAAGAAGACACCUCCUCCAACUCCUCCCACGAAAACGAACCCAUCACCACCCUAGCCCCUCCCCGCCAGUCAAAGUCAAUGGUCAUCGGCACCAUCUUCGGUCAACGCCGCGGCCACGUCUGGUUCUGUGUCCAGCACGACAGACUCACUACAAAACCUUCUCUACUUCUCGAACUCUCCAUCCCAACUCACCAACUCGUCAAAGAAAUGCACUGUGGACUCGUUCGAGUUGCGCUCGAAUGCUGUGACGUGUCGGGUUUCGGGUCGUGUCACCUUCACGCGGUCCCGGUCUGGACCAUGUUCUGUAAUGGUAAAAAGAUCGGGUACGCGGUUCGGAGAAAGGCUAGUCAAGAAAUCCGGGUUAUUUUAAAGACCAUGCAGUCCAUGACAGUCGGAGCGGGCGUGAUUCCAUCCGGGUUCGGAUCCAAAUCCGGGUCGGGUGGGUGUGAGGAGCUUAUGUACAUGAGGGCCAACUAUGAGUUUGUGGUGGGUGGGCCGGAUUCGGAGUCUUUUCAUCUCAUCAACCCGGAUGAUUGUCCGGGUCAAGAACUCAGCAUUUUCUUGAUGAGGUCACGCUGAUUUUCGAAUGAUUUUUGAAGAUUUAAUGGGGUUUAAGCAGAAAAUUCAUGGUUUUCUGUUACAUAAUGUUGAAGGGAUUUGUGAUUAAGUUAAUAUUAAAAUGUCACAAGAUUUUUAGUUGGAGUAUCUUCUUAUGUAAUUCUUUUUAGGAGAUGAGAUUUAGAUUUUAGUUAGUAUUGUUGAAAUGAAUUCGAGAUCUUGGUGUUAUGAUUUAUUUGUCGAAAAUGUCACAAUAACAUUUUAUCAUUUGAUUCGUUUAGUUAAUUUUGGUUCAAUAGAGAUAAAUGUGUUUCGUAUUUAAUUUUAUUCAUAAAUAAUUUUUUUGCAAUUGAGAGAUUUAUAUAUAAAAACAAUGGGGUAAUAGCUGUUUUAAUGAUUUGAAUAAAUUGAAUUCUGGUGGUAU